AUGAGAGACUACUCGAAAGCACUUUCAUUUUACAAGAAAGCACUCGGAAUUCAAGAAAAAACUCUUUCUGUAAAUCAUCCUGACUUGGCUAUUUCCUACAACAACAUUGGUGGUGUGUAUAAGAACAUGGGAGAGUACUCAAAAGCACUUUCAUUUUACGAAAAAGCACUUGGAAUACAAGAAAAAACUCUUCCUGCCAAUCAUCCUAACUUGGCUACUUCUUACAACAAUAUUGGUAGUGUGUAUAAUAACAUGGGGGAGUACUUGAAAGCACUUUCAUUCUACGAAAAAGCACUUGGAAUUCAAGAAAAAACUCUUCCUGCCAAUCAUCCUAACUUGGCUACUUCUUACAACAACAUUGGUAGUGUGUAUGAUAGCAUGGGAGAGUACUCGAAAGCACUUUCAUUUUACGAAAAAUCUCUAGGAAUUCGAGAAAAAACUCUUCCUGCUGAUCAUCCUGACUUGGUUCAAUCGUACAACAACCUCGGUUUUCUAUAUGAGAACAUGAAAGAAUAUUCAAAAUCUCUCUCAUAUUUUGAACGUGCUCUUGACAUUCUCAAAGUUUCAUUACCACCAAAUCAUCCGCACCUUAAAGAUGUGAAACAGAGCAUUAAAAUUGUAAAAGAGGAAUUAUAA